AUGGAGAAGAAGAUCAUGGAGAAUAUUAAAAACCCCGGGCGGACAACAUACAUGACUAGCAGUCAAAAGGGUUCAAGUUGUUGUAGAUCAUCUCAUCAAAAGUUUUAUGUGGAGAAGAGUUUUGUUGAAGUUGUUGGUCUAUACGAUUGGGAAACUUUUGUUGACAUGAAAAAGCAUGAGCACCUCUACAGCCGUGUACGCGAGUGGGACGAUUCAGCCUGCAAAGAGGCCUUUCACAACGCCAAGGCGCGAUUUCGUGGUCUUAUGACAUCGUUCCAUCGCAAGAAUAAACGGUUUCCAAACCGCGAAGAAAUAGUUUAUCUUCUUCGUGACAUUAUUUCAUGGUCUGAUGAUAAACCAGAAGACAAGUAUAUUGAUGAAAUCGAUUGGGAUUCGGAGGUUGAUUCUGAGCUUCUAAAUGACUUUGGCGAUCGGGUCUCGCAAGUCGGUGAUGAUGAAGAACUUCCCAAUGAUGUUGAUGAGGAUUACAGUGCUUCGGUCGCUGAUACCACGGUUAAAAGUAGUGAACAAGUUGUGAUUAUUUUUGGUAAAGAGUUUUACAAGGUUCAUGGUUUCUCAAUAGGCUGGGGUGAUGAUUUCAACGAUUUGGAACAAGAGCAAUGUCUUGGCAAGAACGGAGGUGAGCAAAAAGAUUUCAGCAAUAUUAAUUCCGGUGCCGGGAUUCACCCACAGAGUCGGAGGGCUAGAGUUCGGGGAACCUGCAAAGAUGGACAUAACAAGAGUUCAAAGGGUCGACCUGCAUGGAAAUAA